UUGGGACUGUUCAACUACUGAUGGCAUUUUGACAACAAACAUGGAUGCUCCACGUUUUGUGUACAGAAGUCGACAUUUAUUGCGCUAAACCUCAAGAUUGCUGAGUGUCCACGUUCCUAUUCUGCGUGUUGUUUUGGUAAGCGAGGAACAUGGGUGGGAAGAAGAAAAAGUCGGGUGCUCCACCAGCAGUUCCUCCAGCUGCAGUGAGUAUGGCAGCUAACGGGACAGCUGAUCCAUCCACAGGAAAGAAACAACCUCUAAGAACUAACAAUGCAAAACCUCCUUCAACUGAGAACAAAGCUAAAGCACCAAAGACAUAUUGUCUUACAAGUCCCCAAGUUGACAGUGGAGUAGCGUCUGACAAGUCCAUUCUCAAAGUUGUCAUCCAACCAGACUUGGAAAAAAAAGUGAUCAAACUGAUCAACGAAUAUAGGCAAGAGUACGGGGACAGAGGUCAAAUAUCUGGACGAAUCACCACUAAGAAACUUAUGGAUCUGUACACAGCCCUACAGAGGUUCCACUUUAAGACGGAACAUAUUGAGGAGGCCAUGAAGAGCAGUAUGCUGUAUGGAGGGGAUCUUCAUUCAGCACUCGAUUGGUUGUGUCUUAACCUUAGAGAUGAGGAACUCCCUGAAGGCUUUAGUCAGAGGAUGCAUGAAGAGGACAACAAAGCCAAGCCUAAGUUCCAGCCACCCAAAGAAGACAUAAAGCAGGAAGCACCCAAAACUGAGGCCAGCAAAAAACCAGAGCAGCCGAAAGAUAAGGUUUCAGCGAAAGAUAGCGAAGCAAACUUGAAGGAGUGGAUCCUGAGGUACGCCGAGCAGUCCAGCGAGGAGAGUGAGGAAGAGGAGGAGACGGGAGGUCCUGCACACAACCCCGAGCUGGAUGAGAAGUUUGAUCCUAAUGACCGGUACCUGGUGCUUACGGCACAGCUGUAUGACGUUCGAGAAAUGGCCGCCACAGCCAAGGCCAAGAAGGAUAAAGCCGGACAAAGGACUGCCCAGGACAGAAUCAGGAUCAUCCUUCAAGAGAUGAAGCCCCUGGAAGCCCACCCCAUGUUCAAUCCAGCUGUUAAAGUUGUGGAUACACCUAAGGAGGAGAAGAAGAAGCCGGCUCCCGUAAGCGAGGGGAAGGGGGAGAUGACCUUUGGCCUUUUUGAGCAAGCAGAGACGCCCCCUCCUGCAGAGAAAAAGGUGACAGCCGCGAAGAAGAAUGAGCCAAAAGAUAUCCGUAACUUUGACUACACAGCACGUAGUUGGACUGGAAAGUCUCCAAAACAAUUCUUGAUCGACUGGGUACGGAAAAAUCUUCCCAAGAGUCCAGCACCAUCCUUUGAGAAAGUUCCAGCAGGCAGAUACUGGAGAUGCCGUGUGCGUGUUCAGAGACCUGAUGAUGUGCUCCAGGUUUGCACCACCAUCCUGACUGAGGACGGCAUGCAAGCUCAACACCUGGGCGCCACAUUGGCCCUCUAUAAUCUGGUCAAAGGACAGUCGGUGCACCAGCUGCUUCCUCCCACCUACCGCAACGUGUGGCUGGAGUGGCGUGACAGCGAGCAGCAGCAGCAGGAGGAGAGCCGCACGGCCGUCAACAAGCCCCGCGACCAGUUCAUCGCCCGCCUGCUGGCACGCCUCAAGCAGCAGCAGCAGCAGCAGCAGCAGAGCGAGCCGUCCCAGACGACAGGCCCGGAACACCCCACACACCCCGAGGGCGACGAGCCGGAGGACUCCUGGGAGAGCCUGGCCGGCGAGGAGGGCGGAGACGGCUGCAGCAGCCGGGAGGCGGCGAAGAGAGACGACCGCGAGGAGGUGGAGCAGGAGGACCAGGCGGGUCGGGCUCUCCUCCAACGCUUGCGGGCCUCGCCGCUGGCGCAGAGGCUCCUGGGAGAUCGGCGGCAGCUGCCGGUGUUCCAGCAGCGCGAGAGGCUGCUGGAGGCGGUGCGGCGUCACCGCGUGCUGGUGGUUGCCGGGGAGACGGGCAGCGGGAAGAGCACGCAGGUGCCCCAGUUCAUCCUGGAGGACGCGCUGCUGGGGCAGGGACCGGGCCGGCGCUGCAGCGUGGUGGUCACGCAGCCACGCAGGAUCUCCGCCAUGAGCCUGGCCAGCCGCGUCAACCAGGAGCUGGGCAGCGACGACGGCCCGGGGGGACAGACCUCGCUCUGCGGGUACCAGAUCCGUAUGGAGAACCGCUCGGGCGACGCCACCCGCCUGCUGUACUGCACCACCGGGGUUCUGCUGCGGAAGCUCCAGCAGGACCGCCUCCUCAACUCCUUGACACACAUCAUCGUGGACGAGGUCCACGAGCGAAGCAUCCAGUCGGACUUCCUCCUGACCAUCCUGAAGGAGCUGGUGCUGAAGCGCUCGGACCUGCGUCUGAUCCUCAUGAGUGCCACAGUGGACUGCGAUAAGUUUGCCAACUACUUCAACCGCUGCCCCGUCAUCUCCAUUCCCGGCAGGACCUUUCCUGUUGAGGUGUUCCAUGUGGAGGAUAUUGUGGAGGAGACGGGCUAUGUUCUGGAGAAAGACUCGGAAUACUGCCAGAGGUUCCUGGAGGACGAGGACGAAGUCAGCCUCAAUGUCACGCAGAGGGCAGGAAAGACCGUACAGUACCAGGAGGCGAUUCCGAGGGACUCUGGUUCUGGCUGGACUCUGGGCCCCGACCUGGACCACUUCAGUAACCGGACCCGCCACGCCCUGCAGUACAUGAAUCCCCACAAACUCAACAUGGACCUCACCGUGGAGCUUCUGGCCUACCUGGACAAGGCUCCCCAGUUCACUGAAGUGGACGGCGCAGUGCUAGUGUUCCUGCCGGGUCUCGCUCACAUCCAGCAGCUGUAUGAACUUCUGUCCUCAGACAAGCGCUUCCGCAAAGACAGGUAUAGGCUGGUACCCCUCCACUCUACACUGUCCUCUAAGGAUCAAGCAGCAGCGUUUACAGUGCCACCUACCGGAGUGCGGAAGAUUGUCCUGUCUACAAACAUUGCUGAGACAGGAGUCACAAUUCCAGAUGUGGUGUUCGUCAUUGACACUGGCAAAACCAAGGAGAACAAAUACCAUGAGAGCAGUCAGAUGAGUUCACUGGUGGAGACAUUUGUGAGUAAAGCUAGCGCCCUCCAGAGGCAAGGAAGAGCAGGACGUGUUCGCAAGGGCUUCUGCUUCCGACUCUACACCCAAUACAGGUUCAACGGCUUUCUAGAUUAUUCCAUUCCCGAGAUACUGAGGAUGCCCCUGGAAGAGCUUUGUCUUCACAUCAUGAAGUGUGAGUAUGGCUCGCCCGAGGACUUCCUGUCUCGCGCCCUGGAUCCCCCUCAGCAGCAGUCGGUCUGUAACGCCGUGAGCCUCCUGAGGAAGAUCGGCGCCUGCCACCCGGAGCAGCACACCCUCACCCCCCUCGGCCACCACCUCGCCUCCCUACCCGUCAACGUCAAGAUCGGCAAGAUGCUCAUCUUCGGCGCCAUCUUGGGCUGCCUCGAACCCAUUGCCACGAUAGCAGCAGCAAUAACAGAGAAGUCACCAUUUUCUACUCCCAUGGGACGCAAGGAGGAGGCUAACCUGGCUAAAGCAGCGCUAGCGGUUGCUAACUCCGAUCACCUCACUAUGUACAAGGCAUACCUGGGAUGGAGAAAUGCGUGCAGCGAGGGAACCAGAACAGGGAUGGCGUAUUGCAGGAAGUACUUCUUGAACCAUACUGCCCUCAUCACCAUUGAGGACGUGAAACAGGACCUGAUGCGGAUGGUGAAGCAGGCCGGUUUCUCUCCCUCCAAGCCUCGAGGCGAGCGUCCCCAGGACAAAUCCGAGGGGCCUCUGUCCAGGAGGGAGGUGUCGCUUCUGAAUGCGGUCCUGACCGCCGGCCUGUACGACAGCGUGGGGCGCAUCCUCUACGCGCCCUCCGUGGACGUGGAGGAGCGGCUGACCUGCUCGGCGGAGACCCCCCAGGGCAAGGCUCUGGUCCACCCCUCCUCGGUCAACCGCAACCUGCAGACCCACGGCUGGCUGCUCUACCAGGAGAAGGUUAAGUACUCUAAGGUGUUUCUCCGGGACACCACCCUCAUCUCUCCCUUCCCCAUGCUGCUCUUUGGGGGUGACAUCACUGUCCAGCAUCGUGAGAGGCUCAUCUCGGUGGACAGCUGGAUUCACUUCCAGGCCCCAGUGAGGAUUGGAGUGAUCUUCAAACUCUUGCGAAGUCUAAUCGACUCGCUUUUGGAGAAGAAACUGCAGAACCCCAAGAUGAAUCUGGAAGAUGAGAAGACCAUACACAUGAUCACAGAGCUGAUCAAGAGCGAGAAUGUGAUCUGACCUGAACCGAACAUGAUCUAAGGCAAGAUCUUCGUCUCACCAAGUCUCUGCAGAACUCCGGGAGAUUAUGUUGGACCGGUCAGCUGGAUAGAGUGAUGACAUUAACGAUUAUUCGACUGUAUGGAGUGGCAGACCUCAGGAGGUCUGCGUGGGAGAUGAAAGUGUCAUAAUGAUUAUCCAGAGCAAGAUGAGAUGCUGUGAGGCCUUGUCUUCUCUUUUGUUCUCUUCCUCUGCCAAAUGGGAAUAAAACUAUUUUAACAAAUCA